AUGCAUGACUUGAACCUGAACUCUACCAUUCAAAUUGUGUCAAGCGUCACUAAGGAUGCGGAUAGCAUCAGCUUGCCGCACAAUGUGCUAGAGACGCUCAAGGAGCACACGCCAGUCAUUGUCCAGGGCACUGUAAAGGGUCGCCAGGCUUUGGUUGGCAAAGAGUCGACCAGUGCUGCAACCGGGGGUAAAUCUAGCAGGAUCACAGCAGUUGAAAUUAAGCUUGAAGACAUUCAGCCACUCAAUACGCUCCCGUCCGAUUUGAUCGUGGCCUCUGGUACAGUCUUUCCGCCCGAACAGCGACAUCUCCAGAUACGACACGAUAGCAGCCUCCGCGAAGCAUUGAAAUUUCGAAGCAAAGCAGCCCGCUUUAUUCGUGACUACCUCGUUGACAAGCACGACUUCGUCGAAAUUGAAACGCCACUACUCUUCAAGUCGACACCGGAGGGUGCGCGGGAGUUUCUUGUGCCAACUCGAAAUACCGGCAUGGCAUACGCUUUACCACAGAGCCCACAGCAAUAUAAGCAGAUCCUAAUGGCUAGCGGCAUGCCUCGCUACAUGCAGAUCGCUCGAUGCUUUCGAGACGAGGAUCUACGUGCUGAUAGGCAGCCCGAGUUCACUCAGGUGGACUUAGAGAUGGCCUUCGCAAAUGGCGAAGAUGUCAUGCGCACCGUCGAAGAUAUGGUUAGAGCGCUCUGGUCGCAGCUGCUGGAAAUCAAGCAGUCAGACGAGGCCUUUUCACGAUUGACAUACGAUGAAGCGAUGUCGAGAUACGGCUCCGACAAGCCAGACUUGCGGUUCGGCACGGAUAUUCGUCGAAUAGAGUAUAUGCUCCCGGUCGACCUAGUCAGCAAGAUUGGACCGCUCACAGAUCCCAUCGUCGAAGUCGUGAAGUUUUCGCUCUCCGAUGACAUUGCUGCGAUGAGACAGUUCGUCAACGCUUUCAUGGACUCUCCCGAAGCACAGCCCUUCAUCACCAACCCUGACGGCCAACCCGGCAUCUUCAUCAUAGACUCACGAAGACCGCUCCAAGGCCUGCAAUCAUUUGGCUUCGAAGCGGCGGAGCAAUUAGAAGAGAUUCUACAGCUGCAAGACGGCGAUCUGGUAGUCCUGCAAGCCCGCAAAAACGCACCAUUUAGCGGAGGAUCAACGCCGCUUGGCAAUCUCCGCUUGGCCUUGCACAAAGCAGCAGUCAAGCAAGGCUUACUUCCCACACCACAAGGCUUUGCAUUCACGUGGAUCACGGACUUCCCGCUGUUCUCGCCCAACAAUGACAGCGACCCCGGACAAGGCGGCUCGGCUGGCAUAUCCUCGACUCACCACCCAUUCACCGCGCCCAAGACAGCCGCUGACGUGGACCUCCUUCUGACGAACCCAUUGCAAGUCAAAGCGGACCAUUAUGACCUUGUUGUCAACGGCGUUGAAUUGGGCGGUGGAAGCCGUCGGAUCCACAACGCUGCCAUGCAGGAGUUCAUAAUGCGAGAUGUGCUCAAGAUGACUGAAGAGCGCAUCAAGGACUUCGCGCAUUUACUUGCAGUGUUGAGUGCUGGAUGUCCGCCUCAUGCUGGGAUGGCAUUGGGCUUCGACCGACUGAUCGCGGUCAUGCUUGGCAAGGAGAGUGUGAGAGAUGUCAUUGCAUUUCCGAAAAGUGGGAAGGGAGAAGACAUGCUGGUCAAGAGUCCUACGAGAAUGACGGAGGAACAACUGAAGACGUAUCAUCUACGGCUACGUGAUGGAUGA